AUGCCUGUAGAGAGCGGAAACAGCGCAGUCGCCCGUCAAGCCAAGCAGAAGCGCAAGUCUCACAGCCUCUCCAUCCGGAGGACCAACAGCACCGAGCAGGAGCGGCCUUCCAUCCACAGAGACAUGCUGGAGGCUCAGGAUUCCAAGCUGCCCAUGGCGCUGAGGAGCACCUUACUCGACCUGUUCGGACAGAUCGAACGAGAGUUUGAGAACCUCUACCUUGAGAAUAUCGAGCUGAGGCGAGAGAUCGAGUCCCUGAACGAGCGCUUGGCCGGUGAGGGUCAGACUGUCGAUGGAGGAGACAUGGGUAAAGGAGCACUGAAGACUAAAGCCAGUCACAGUACGAGUCAGCUGUCCCAGAAACUGAAGACCACAUACAAAGCCUCCACCAGCAAGAUCGUGUCCAGUUUCAAAGCCACCACAUCGCGUGCCGUGUGCCAGCUGGUGAAGGAGUACGUAGGCCACAGGGACGGCAUAUGGGACCUCAGCGUGACCAGGACACAGCCACUGGUUUUGGGCACUGCCUCUGCAGACCACUGUGCUAUGCUGUGGAGCAUCGAGACAGGGAAGUGCUUGCUCAAGUACGCUGGUCAUGCUGGAUCAGUUAACUCGAUCAAGUUUCACCCCACAGAGCAGAUGGCUCUAACAGCGUCUGGUGAUCAGACAGCUCACAUCUGGCGCUACAUGGUGCAGCUGCCUCUGCCUCAGCCUCCAUCCGACACCAGCGCGUCGCUGGAUGACGACGUGGAUUUCUCCGAUAAGGACGAUGCAGAUGGCGACGCGGAUGGACCCACUGAGUGUCCCACGGUGCGUUUAGCCAGCACCACUCUGAAGAGCCACCAGGGCGUGGUCAUCGCCGCCGACUGGCUCGUCGGCGGCAAACAAGUCGUCACUGCCUCUUGGGAUCGAGCUGCCAAUUUGUACGACGUGGAGACCUCCGAACUCGUCCACACGCUCACAGGUCACGAUCAGGAGCUGACGCACUGCUGCACCCACCCCACCCAGCGGCUGGUGGUCACCUCAUCUCGCGACACCACCUUUCGCCUGUGGGACUUCAGAGAUCCGUCCAUCCACUCGGUCAACGUCUUCCAGGGCCACACUGACACGGUGACGUCAGCUGUGUUCACAGUAGGAGACAACGUGGUGUCCGGCAGCGACGAUCGCACCGUCAAGGUGUGGGACCUGAAGAACAUGAGGUCGCCGAUAGCAACCAUCCGCACCGACUCGGCUGUAAAUAGGAUAAGUGUCUCAGCGAACCAGAGGAUCAUCGCCCUGCCGCACGACAACAGACAGGUCCGACUGUUCGAUAUGACCGGGGUUCGACUGGCCCGUCUCCCACGCAGCAACAGACAGGGUCAUCGGCGCAUGGUGUGCUGCUCAGCGUGGAACGAAGAGAACCAGGCAUGUAACCUCUUCACCUGCGGCUUCGAUCGGCAAGCCAUCGGCUGGAACAUCAACAUUCCUGCUCUGCUGCAGGACAAGUGAACUCACACACACACACACACACACACACACACACACACACACACACACAUGCUCUGUCAUGCUUACACAAAGCUUAGGAAGGCACAGUUCAGCACGCAGACACACAGCUGGAUCCUCAGUAAAACUCUCGCCAUUGGUGUAUUGAUUUGUUAAACCAGCUUUGUGUGUUAAAGUGUCUGUGAUUGUCAUGUUGACUGUGUGUGUGUGUGUGUGUGUGUGUGUGUGUGUAUGUGACAAUCACACACACUUUAACACCGCUUCCCAUCAGUCAGCUCUGUCAAUACACACACUUCCAGAGAUUGAGAGUGUGAGAUUUAUUCCUCUUUACUCGUAUCAGCUUCUGUUCCUCCUUCAGGUGAUCAGGUGAUCAUGUGAUCAGGUGAUCAUGUGAUCAGGUGAUCAUGUGAUCAGGUGAUCAGGUGGGCGACACGGCAACACGCCAACCAGUUAUCCUCACAGAACUGUGCCAUGAUGCACUUUUCUCACAAUAUCACCAACACUCGAGUCCACGAGGCUUUAAAAAAAAACAAAAACGUUAUACAGCUGAGUGAAAUCUGCCUAGUAACAAGAAUCUGAUUGGCCGAAAACCUAUUCCACCAUUAUCACCUUAUUUUCUUUGUUUCCUUAUGAUUUCCUUCCGCAGUAAGGAAUGAAACACUCGGGGACAUGCUCUUAGAGGAAAAUAAUCAGCGAUGGUGUGGUGUGAUGCCCUACAUCCCAACACACACGUGAUUUAUUUUAUUUAUUAACAGCGCAUCCUGAAGAGUUUUAUUCCUCGUAGAAUACAGAGAUUCACCGACGAUUACACAGUUUACUUUAGUAAUGUGCUUUUUAUCCAUUUCAGGUUGCACUUGUGUUGAAGUUAUCCUUCACGUUAUAGCAGAUACAAUCAAUCAUUCCCUCACCCCGCCUCUUUUUUAUUUAUUUAUUUUUUUUAAAUUUUAUUUAAUAAGAUGUGGCUGGAAAACUGAAAGCACCGACACUGGAGACUCCUUCCAUAUCUGCUACAUGAAAC